AUGUUCUGGUCGAGCGACCUGGCAACUUCUGUGAGUAAACUAGAUGAAUUACUAAGGAAUGAUACCGCAACGCUAGCAGACGUGUUGGAAGAUGAUUAUACGAUACAAGAAAUUCGUAAUGGCAACCAUCAGCUUAUUAAAUUUUUAACAAGACAAGAAGUAGUAGCGCAAAUGGUCAAAGGUGCAUUGGAACCAGAAAUCGAUGAAACAUUACCACUAAAAGAACAGUACAGAAAAGCUCAUUUGUGCGCUGAGAUCUUAUCGAUAAAUAAUGAAGAGAUUAGUAGGGCACUCAUCAACAACGAAGAAGCAUGCAGUUUAUUUUUCGAUUUUCUGGACAGUAGGAAAUUGAAUCACGUCAUCGUCAAUUUUUAUAUGAAAAUAUUCUCACAAAUUAUUAGUAGAUUCCCUGAUCAGGUAUUUCCUCGCAUGAAGGAAAGUCAAUUUUUGAUUCACUGUAUGAGGAAUAUGAAGCAUUCGGCUGUGAUGGAACUGUUAUACCGUAUUGUUAGUGGCUUAUCAGAUGUUGAACAGCAAGAUUGCAUUAAACAGUGGUGUGCAGAAAAUCGAAUGGUGGAAAGUCUUUGCGACCUUCUUGUUCCAGAACAACCACCUGUUGUUCAUGACAAUGUUGGUCAUUUAUGGAGCGAAUUGGUACGUAUAUUACGUGAUAUUCAGUACACCGCAGAAUGCAAACGGAAUGAUUCUUUAUUAGAGAAUUUGCAAUCGGAGCGAAAUGUGCGACAUUUAAUGAGUCGUAUGUUACCUGACAAUAUAGAGCAACGUCGUGAUUCUGUUAUUGUCAAUGCUGCCGCUAUUUUGAUUACUCUCUUGGAAACUAAUUUUAUCCCUAACUGUCCCAGUCAUCAGUUAGGGAUGGAGGAUCGUGGUAUUCAGACGCAAUGGUUCGGUGGUGUUCCAGUCGCAGAAAAUGAAUUAAACGGCACAACGGUGUGGCAACCUGAUGCAGGUCAUAUUGUUGAAACAAUCGUUGCUGCUUCAGCUGAUCGGAUUGUCAAUGCAGUAAUUGAUUCCCUUAAGAUAGGAGAUGGUGAUAUAAAGAUGUGCAGCGAUGCAUGGUGUCCACUGAUGCGAUUAUUGGUACUAGUAUUAGAUACAAAUCAUAUGGCAACACAUCAGGCUGUUUUGGCAGCAUUUUCAUCUCUUUCAAUAAGCCCCUUCAAGCUGUUUCUCACUUAUGUCAACACUCGUCCUCAACUUACACUCUUUCAAAACCUUUUACAUCGAGCCAUUGCUUAUAUUCUUUAUACACUUUCGCCUUCUCCUUCGCCACUUAUACAAUAUUUAAUUAAAGAUGUGGAUAUAUUAGGGCAUAUAUUGGCAGGUUGUGAAACAUCACAAGCGGAUUUUCUACAUGGGUCUUCAAAAAGAAUGCUGCAUGGUUUUUAUAUGAAUCUUGCAUUAUUAAUUAAAUGUGCUUCCGAAUCUUCGUGCAAUGCUGAAUGCAUCACCCAGUUUAUUCAAGCAUCUGAUCAAGCUGCCCGUUGGGAAGUUUUCUCAAAGGCGAUAAAAGAAUAUGAAGAGAAAAAUCGUGGCGACGAUACAGGAAUUACUCCCCCACCGACUAGUAAUGUCCUCGACACGGCGAAGAUUGAUGCAUGUGAUGUUCCUGAACCUAUGGUCAGUAGUGCUGCAGAGUUACUGGAUGAAUAUGAACAAUAUUUAAUACCUCGGUCACUGGCAGAGGACGUUGCAAUAUCAUUCCCAUGCUCUUCUCACGACACUGAUUAUGAGAUCACUGAUAUCACGUCGGAUUGUGGUAUUGCGAAAGAUUUUGCUAACAUCGGAAAUGAAGAUAUGUUUGAUGCAAUGUGUGCAUUGAGAAUCGACACAAGUAUUACAAGUAAGGAUUCAGGGGAUGGAUGGCCAAGUGCAAGCAAGCCCAAGGAAGUAGAGAGCAAAGCAACUUGCGAUAACGAAAACGACUCGGGAUCGAAGUCCUCCGAAUUUUGGAACAAUGCUGCUGCUGUGCUGAAUCCUAAAGAAAUUACUCCUAACGAUAUCCCUGAGGCUAGUGAAAGAGAUGCAUCGAAGAUGAAUGUGGCCAAAGAAGAAAAGAAAAUAUCAAAAUGUGUCAUAGAAGAUAAGUGGCCACAAACUUCUUCGGCGUCCUCCAUGGAUUUGGGGAGCUGGGCUGAUUUUACAUCUAUGAAGCCCGACGAUUGGCCUCCACCACAGUCUCAGUCAGAAGAUGACGCGUGGAAUAAAACUAGUGAAGACAUAUUUCUCAGUCCUACAGCAGCGGCGCUUGGUGGUGGAAUCGCGUCCGUUAUUAUGGCAGGACAGAUGAAGUAG